UGUACAUAUGCAUCUAUGCGGGAUCACAGCAACUUUCUCACCACAAUGAAGAACUCUUGCCUUUUUUUACUGAUCGUCAUGAUGAUUGCAGAAGCCCCUGGUAACAACUGCCCAGAGCAUAAGCGGGAAAAACGAGAUCUGUUGUUGCGUUCCAAGAGAAGGUGGGUUCUUUCCACCUUUGAACUGACAGAGGAAGAUGAAGGACCAUUCCCAAAAAUAUUCACGACGAUGUUUAAUGAUAAAACCAAACUGGCGAAUGACAUACACAAGUUUUCUAUCUCUGGUAACGGUGUGACCGAAGCCCCCAUGGAUGUGUUCUCCAUCAAUGAAACAUCUGGGGUGGUCAUGGUCCGCAAGAAGAUCGACAGAGAGACAUACCCUAUUUUCCAUAUUAAAUUUGAUAUCCUGAACAGAGAAACUGGCAAAAGUAUUGACAAAACUCUGGGCUUUGAUGUCAACAUAAUAGACAUUAAUGACAACCCACCUAGGUUUAAAAGUGAUAUCAUGAGAGCCAAUGUGAGGGAGACCAUUCAAGAAGGGUGGCUCCCAGUGUGGCUGGAAGUAGAAGACAAGGAUGAGGCGAACACCAUCAACUCUACUUUCACCGUCAGGAUUUUGUCACAGGAACCCAAAGAACCGGUGCUGAAAUUAGCGAAUACUCCAAAUUCCAAAAAGUCGCAGCUUUCCUUCGAUGGGUGCUUUGACUAUGAUAAAGUGAAGAAGUACAAGGUCAUUGUUGAGGCGAAAGACCAUGGGAAGCCACCCCUCUCCUCCACUGCUGUGAUCCAUCUGGGUAUUAUGGACGGCAACAGUCAUCUUCCCAGAUUCAAAGAGAGAGAGUACAAAGGGCAGGUUAUGGAGAUGGAGACCAACAAGGAGGUUCUGCGUGUGGGAGUUGAAGAUAAAGACACCCCUAAUACCGCCGCCUGGAGGGCCAAGUAUUUCUUCGUCAAAGGGAAUGAAGACAAAAUCUAUGAUAUUACCACUGAUCCGUUAACCAACGAGGGCAUCCUCACGGUGGUCAAGGGCAGGGAUUUUGAAAGGACAACCAACAGCACCCUGCAGAUCGGAGUGGAGAACGAGGAGGAACUGUUUGUUUGUGCGUCUAAGAAGCCCGGAUACAAAAUAGUCACCCCCAAAACGGACAUCAUCAACAUCACCGUGAAGGUCAUCGAUGUCAACGACCCCCCUAAAUUUGUCAAGAAGUUGACGGACGUGUAUCAGAGAGAGGAGGAUGAACCCGGGCAAAAACUGUUCGAACCAGAGAUCAGUGAUGACGAUUCGGACGUAGACCAAAUCCGGUAUACAAUAAUUGAAGACCUCGCAGGCUGGGCCAGCAUCGACCCCAAGACGGGCAUAGUCCAUGCAGUUAAGAAGAUGGACCGAGAGUCGCCGUUUGUUGACAAAGACAACGUUUACAAAAUCGUAGUCGCUGCCAUAGACAACGGGGAGCCCCCGGCCACUGCCAGCAGCACUAUCCUGGUCCACCUGAGGGACAUCAACGACAACCUCCCAGGGCUGGUCAACAACAGCGGGGUGAUGUGCGUUAACAAGGUCAACACGCUGACGGUUUACGCUUUUGAUUCAGACUUGCCUCCAUUCAGCGGACCAUUCUCCUUCUCUCUGGGGUCGGAAGACAAGGAACUGAAGAAGAAUUGGAAAAUUGACCCUGCCACUGGGGAGGAAGCGGGGCUGGUAAUGCUGAAGAGCCUGCCCUACGGCAACUACUCUAUCCCGCUGGUCAUCAAGGACCAGCAGGGCGGGGGAGGGGCGGAGGACGUGGUGAUAGCGGUGGUCAUUUGCGACUGCGGCGGAGGGGACACAUGCCGCGGGAAGCUGCCGGCCUCGACCAACGUCGGCCCGUCAGUCAUCGGACUCGCAUGCGGUGCACUGUUACUCUUUCUGCUGCUGCUGCUCCUCUUCACGUGUGAAUGCGGCAACAAGUUCCAGAGCAUCACAAUCUCCCAGAGUGAAGGCAACCAGUCGCUCAUUAUGUACAACGAGGAGGGAGGGGGCUCUGCUUGCAAGAUGGAGCCCACCUUCCACCUCACCCACAUCAGCAGCCUGACAGUGACAGAGGGGCAGAAGCUGGAAAGAGCGCAGAUGUCACAGAUGUCUCAGAUGUCUCAGAUGUCUCAGAUGUACGAGACAACCACCGAGGAGGCAGACUACUACCAGAGCUCCGCACCCAGGAUGGUAAACCUCUUCCGAGGUCUGGGACAGGGGCAGCAGCGUAAUGGAGACCCAAGGGAGUCUCACAGGAGCAAUGGCGGUCGGAGCAUGUCCUCGACUUGGAAUUCCAGGAUGAUGUCCGCCAGGAGUGUUUCACGCAAACAGGCCUCCACCCUGCUCUCGGAUCAGCUCAUCGCAGAACACAUAGACACCAAGCUGUAUGAGCUAGGGGAGGUGCCUGGGGACUACCCGAUGUACAGGCCCACUGUGUUCACCCACGAGGGCCAAGGCAGCCGGGCUCAGUCGCUGGACAACCUGUCACUGGACCUGGGGGACGACCUUGAGUUUCUCAGCGAUCUGGGCCCCAAAUUCAAGACCCUGGGAGGCCUCUGUGACAAGAACUUAAAGUAGAAGAACAUACAACUUUGAUAUGUCUGUCAAAGAAAAUGUGGCCUUUGAUGCAGCUUUUGGAAAACAGGGAUCAUCACUUUGUCACCUUGAAAGGAGAAGCAAAGGAAAAUAGAAUAUUGUGAUGAUAUUGUACUGCACAUUUCUUUGAUUAUACUUUGUAUAUAUAUAUAUAAAUAUACAUAUAUAUAUAUAUGUAUGUUUCUCGGGAUAUUGUAUAUAUAUAUAUAUAUAUAUAUAUAUAUAUAUAUAUACACGCUUACGAGCGGGUUAUGCUUCUUCGGGCACUUAUAGUAUAAAGUCAUGGUGUGUGCUGCAUUUCAUUUACAAAAUCUCACAUUAUAUCCCACAUACACAACAACGUUUCAAAAGAAAUAUAACAAAGUUUGCGUGGGUCGUAACUUCAGGAUAACACCCCCCCUCCCCCCAACUCAGCCCAAAUCUCAUUGUGUCCCAAAUUAGGCUGAAACCGGGGGAUCACUUACACUUUAUCAACGUCCAUGGCCCACAUGCACUUAAGAAGUCUGGAUGGUGGUAUUUAAAAGAAUGUUACAUGUGUUUACUUUGCUUUUCGGAUGGUAUCAGUUAAGCUCUGCAAUGUUUUCUUAUUUUUUUUUUUCAUUAUGCAAAUAUUUUGAUGAUUGGUUUGAUCUUAAAUUCAACUUACUUGUAGGUUUUACAGGUUGUUGUACUGACCUGUUUUUUUCUUUAUGUUUAUGAUAAUGCUCCCUCCAGUAAGUACACUGUAAAACCUAACAGUACAUCUUACUAAAAUAACUAAGUAGACGUAACUUAAAUCUCAAAAAUCGUUGGGGUUACUCAUUCACCUGAAUGAACAGAACCUAAGAAUCAAUAAUUGAUAUAAUAACUCUUUUGUUUUGAGUGCUGCUCAAAUAUGGAACAUUUUAAGUCUAACUUAUUUAUUCCAGUGUGUUCCAUUGACUUAUUUAACUUAAAUGUAGCUAUAUCAUUUUCAUUAGACUAUAUAAGCUACACUUUGUGUAAUUAGUUUUUAUUGCUAUCUCUAUUAUUUAUAAUCAUUUCUGAUGAUUAUGCAAUGCCCAAUUAAAACAAAUAAUUACUGUGACAUAAUUUCAAUGAUCACAGUGUAAAGAUUUAAAGUUAAUCACAGAAUAUUGGCAUAAAUAA